AUUUGCGCAUGCUCAGAGGGGUAUAAUUACCCACGCUUGCCUUACAGGAUUCUUUCGUUUUUCUUGGAAGCUGCCUGAUUGCAUAUUUAAUGGGACUCCGGGUUGUCCCCAGGCCGACGACGCUGGGACCGCGUGGCAGGAGAGCUCCACUGUUUGCAUUUUUCAAAUAAAACUCAAUUUUGCGCGUAGGACUGGUCUUGGAGCUUUCCCCUACAUGUCUAACUGAAAGAUGAUUUCGUCCCGUUAUGGUUGGACAAACCCUAGUGGAAUGUCCUUGAGACCACAAAGGUCAGCUAGUCUGAAAACCAGGGCAACAAGGGCUAGCUAGGUGAUACAGGGUCCCUACGAGCCAUGGGCCACAACUGUGAUUUGGCCUGAGCUGUCACAGUGGACAAUGCUACUGUGAUGUCAGCCUACGCCUGCUAUGAAAUGGAGGUGCCUGAACCCUGGGUGUCAGUGGAGCUGCCAUCCAGACGCAGAUCAUGAGUGGUGGGUAUGAUCUCAACCUCUUUGCCAGCCCUCCUGACUGCAAGUUCCUGUGCUCCGUCUGCCAUGGGGUACUCAAGAGGCCGACGAGGUUGUCAUGCAGCCAUAUCUUCUGCAAAAAGUGCAUCCUUAAGUGGCUAGCCAGACAAAACACCUGUCCAUGCUGUAGGAAGGAGGUGCAAAGGAAAAACAUGGUCUAUGUGAAUAAACUUCGGAGAACCAUUGGCCAUCUAGAAGUCAAGUGCAAGAAUGCUGAAGCUGGCUGCUUGGUAACAUGCCCCCUGGCCCACAGCAAGAGGCACCAAGACUCAUGCCCAUUUGAGCUGGUGGCCUGCCCCAAUGAAGGCUGCUAUGCCCGGGUGUUUCGCAGUGCCCUGGCUGAGCAUCAACAGCGCUGCCAGCAGGGUGGCCAGCAGCAUUGCCCCCUGGGCUGUGGGGCCACCUUGGGCAUGGCAGAGCUUGCUCAUUAUAACUGCUACCUCAAGCUGCGGAACGCCUGGAGUGAGCAACAGAAGCGCAGCCAGACAAUGCUACAGGGACUACUGCAGCGAGUACGCAAAGUGCACCGUGCCUCCAGACUCCUACGCAGGCAGCUGGCCCAGCUCAGCCACCUCCUGGGAGAUGAUGCAGCAUGCCCAGAAGGCAGUGCUGGGGCGCAGAGCCAAGGUGCCUUGGAAAUAGAAGGGUAA